AUGGCCAAGUGGGCGAUGCUUCUCUCUGAAUUUGACCUGCACUUCAUAAAUCAAAAGUCAAUCAAAGGGCAGGUCAUUGCCAAUCAGUUAGCUAACGCUCCCUCAGACAACUCUUUUCCCACCUUAGACCUCUUCCCCGACGAGGAUGUUCUGAUCAUUAAUCGAGAUUCCAUGUGGGACAUGUAUUUUGAUGGUUCGAGGUGUCAAAUUGGCUCAGGCGCAGGUGUGGUUUUUGUCUCACCCAAAGGAAAGACAAUUCCUCUCUCUUUUCGUUUAGAAUUUCAUUGUACCAAUAACAUCGCCGAGUACGAGGCUCUGAUUGCAAGACUUCAUGCCGUGAUUGCCAUAGGAGUAAAGAAUAUCCACAUCCAUGGAGAUUCUGAACUUAUUGUAAACCAAGUGACGGGUGCCUAUUUUGUUAAGCAGUUGAAGUUGUCUCAGUAUAAGGAUUUGGUAUUGACCAUACUGAAGCAAUUCACUACUUACACGAUCGAUAACAUCUCAUGGAGGGAAAAUCGUCAUGCAGAUGCAAUGGCAAGCGCUACUUCCCUUGUAGGCCCAGACUUUGGUUAG